AUGGGUGUCACAGUAGACGUUCUUCAGCCCGGCGAUGGUGUCACCUUUCCCCGCAAGGGCGAUAUUGUCACAAUGCAUUAUGUUGGGACCUUGUUGGACGGCCGGAAGUUUGACUCCAGCAGAGAUCGGGGUCAGCCAUUCGAGACAGAGAUCGGCGUCGGCAAGGUCAUCAAAGGGUGGGACGAAGGCGUACCACAACUAUCGUUGGGCGAAAAAGCGAUCCUCACCGCGACACCCGAUUAUGCAUAUGGCGCGCGGGGUUUCCCACCUGUCAUUCCCCCGAAUUCGACACUGAAGUUCGAGGUCGAGUUACUCAAAAUCAAUUGA